AUGAAGCUGAAUGAGCGAAGUGUGGUGCAUUAUGCCACAUGUGACUCUCCGACAGACCAUGCCGGCUUCCUCCACAAGCGUGUCGAGCGGCACCACCACCACCACCACCACCACCACACCACUUCCUACCACCGUCGCUGGUUCAUCCUCAAGGGCAACCUGCUGUUCUAUUUUGAAGAUCGUGAGAGCCGGGAUCCUCUCGGGCUUGUUGUGCUGGAGGGCUGCACCGUGGAACUGUGCGAGGCUGCCGAGGAGUUUGCCUUUGCCAUCCGCUUUGAUGACGCUGGCGCCAAGGCCUACGUGCUGGUGGCCGACUGCCAGGCCGCAAUGGAGGGAUGGGUGAAGGCGCUUUCGCGAGCCAGCUUUGACUACAUGCGUUUGGUGGUGAGAGAGCUGGAGAAGCAGCUGGAGGAUGCCCGUAAGAGUUUGGCUGCCUGCCACAAAUCUCCAAGGAAGUCGUCAUCUGGCAGAAAAAGGCAUUUGUCCAAUCCUGCUAUGGCGCUUGUCCAGGAACAGCCUCCCAUCUUGGAGAACGGUUACUCCACAUGGGGCAGUGGUUACAUCCCUGCAGGGGCCUCCUGCUCUGACCACGAUGGGGGGUGUUCCAAACCCCCGCCCCUGCCUCCUCGCCGGCGCUUGGCAGCUGGCAGUGGAGGCGGAGCACUCGCCACUGGCCUCUCUUUGACUGGGCAGGAAAGCCCCGUGUCUCCAGAGACAGCCUGUUUCUCCAAGCUACACAACUGGUAUGGUCAGGAGAUUGCGGAGAUAAGGAGGGAGUGGCUGGAGAGCCAGAGGAGUGGGGAACUGUGA